AUGGAUGUGAUUAAAAAUCCGGGAAUGAACCUUUACCAAGGAAGGGACCAACCUAAUAAAGGUAAAGGUAAAGGAAAAGGAAAACCGAAGGAUGGAAAGAAAAAGGCAGCAUGUUAUGUGUGUGACAAAGAGGAUCAUAUGUCUCCAAAAUACCCAGACAGACUGCUACCAGAGAUUCAAUGGAAACAUCCGAAACACUAUGUUGAUUACGGGAAGAAGCUCAAUCUUAAUCAGAUUGGAGCAACUGUCUCAACUACAGUUACAGUUCCUGGACCUUCUCCAGCGACAAGUGUGAUCACAGGUGGAACAUUGAGUGUUGCGGGAAGUGUUAACACACCUUUGCGACUUGCUGGUACUACAGGUAAUCAAAUGAUCCAAGUUCCUACAGGUAAUCAAAUGAUGCAAGUUCCUUCAGGAAUGCAGCUCAUGCAGAUUCCAACUCAAGGUGGCGGCACUGUUACUGUCCCUUACUCUAUGAAUGCUAACGGUGAGAUUGCGUUCAGUGGAAUGCAACUCAGCCAACAAGGCUUCUGUGGUGCACAAGUGCGCCAAGGAUUCGAUGCAACUCAAGCUCGAACUCCGCAAGUUGUGAAGACUGGCUAUUUUGAUACGUCAAAUGUCUUUCAGGAUGCUAUCAAGGGAAAGGAUGAGAAUGGCAAUGAUGUCUAUCUUAUUCCAUGUCCUGCUGGAACGACUAACGUCGAACUUCAAUCCGACUGGCACUACGCUAGUAAAAAUGAAGACUUGCCUGAUCUUGCUACUGAAGCUGAUCGAGCUGAGAAAGAGCUCGAUAUGCACACUAACGUGGGCAGCAGAGUUCUCGAUGAAGAAGGGUUUCUAGGAAGAUUUCCGCCUCCAGCCUACUAUGAUGAAGACAGAAUUGCCAAUGUACUUGCUAUGCGCGAGAUGAAUGCUAAUGGUGAGAUUACGUUCAGUGGAAUGAAACUCAGCCAACAAGGCUUCUGUGGUGCACAAGUGCGCCAAGGAUUCGAUGCAACUCAAGCUCGAACUCCGCAAGUUGUGAAGACUGGCUAUUUUGAUACGUCAAAUGUCUUUCAGGAUGCUAUCAAGGGAAAGGAUGAGAAUGGCAAUGAUGUCUAUCUUAUUCCAUGUCCUGCUGGAACGACUAACGUCGAACUUCAAUCCGACUGGCACUACGCUAGUGAAAAUGAAGACUUGCCUGAUCUUGCUACUGAAGCAGAUCGAGAAGCGAUCAAUCAUGCCGAAGCAAUCUUUGGACCUGACGCCUCUACAUUGAAAGGCAAGUCAACAAGACCAACUCCCAAGAAGACGUACGACAACUUCUUCAGUCCACCAGAGGAAUUGUAUCAACAUAAUCGAACAAUUACCGUCUGUAUUGAUCACAUGGAGAUCGAGAAUGCUAAGUUUCUCACCUGCAUUGAUACCACUGUGCGUUAUCGCUCAUGUAUUCCCGUGCCGAACCUGAAGAGUGACCCUGUAUUUGAAGCAUUGGAUAAGAUGUUCCGCCGCUACAACAAGGCAGGCUUUCAAGUCAAGACGAUCAAGUGUGAUCAGGCAUUCAUUCCUCUCACGGAUGAUAUGCUAGAUGAUAUGGGUGUUACUAUCAAUCCGACUGCAGCUGGAGACCACAAACCUACAGCUAGGCAAAGCAAUCGAACGCUGAAAGAAAGAGUUAGACAACUCAUUGAUAAUGUCAAUAUCAACUACAAGAGUGACAUGGUUGCUGAGCUUGGACAGUAUGUUCAUGCAAUUGGGACGGAUUCCAGCAAUUCAAUGGAACCACAAAGUAUUGAAGCUAUCUACAUUGAACCUACAAAGGGACAACGUAAUGGGCACCGAGUGCUGAUUUCUCGACCCAAGGUUGUCGUACUACCCGUUACCGAUCAAGUAAUCCAGCGUGUUGAAGCUUGGGCUGCUGCCAAAGGUGUUACUUCCAUGAAGUUCUUUGAUAAGACGAGAGAUUUGGAGACAUUUCAAGAUGGCGAUCAAAUCGCAGGAGUGGAUGACACGGAACAAGGUUACUUAGAGGAAGCCUUCGAUCAGGACUAUGAACCUGAAGAAGAAGAUGAACGUGAUUUCAAC